UCGACAGUUCGAAAUAAAGCUCACAAUAAGUUUUUUUCGGCAUAUCUGUCAGUCGUUUUUGAAAUGUGCACAGGUGUCGACAACCUGCUAACGUACAACAGUUAUUCGAAACGUCCGAAACAUUUAUUUUUGGCGGCGCUUCCCGUACUCGUACUGUUUGUGUUCGAUGUGUGGGAAGGUAUUACUGUGAAGCAAUGGCGUCUGUAGCGAUGCAAACGGAUGGACACGUUAGCGUGGUGGAUUUCAGUGUGGACACAUUCGAUGAUCCUCCGCAGGAUGGCUACCAAGGCGUGUGCGCCCAAGCGCCGUUGAAAAGGGGACCAUCCGAAGACCUCCCGAAACCGAGAGCGAAAAAACGCAAGACCGAGAGUGAUGAACCGCUUUCUAUAGUGGCGAAGUUCCUCCGCGCAUACGCACCCGAGAAGAACCCCAUCUCGAUUCUAAAUGAAAUGCAACUGUCAGCAGCUUUUUCCGAAGCGACUUCCGAAGGACCCACUCACCUGGCCAACUUUCGAAUACGUUUGGAAUUGGACGGAGUGGUGUAUGAAGGCGAAGGCAGGUCAAAAAAGCAGGCCAAGGAGUGUGCGGCACGCAAAGCUGUGGAUGCACUGUUAUCGUUGUCCAAAUCCGAGACGGCCGAAGCGACCUGCCCAGCAUCAUCAUCUGCAUCUGAGGAUGCUGUUGGUGUAAUAAAAUCUGAAACUAAAGAUAAUCUGGAAGAACCGGUUGAAGAAGCGACGUUGCAGCCAGCCCAGAAGGAUUCUCCAGAAUUGCCCCAAUACGAAAGCGCAAAAAAUACGCUGCUGUAUCGCGCUCCGGCAGUUCCAACGAAUCCACUUACGGUGGCCCGUUUAUCGGAACUGUUAAGUUCUUUAAAUGAUGAAAAAUUAUCUGCAUUAGAACAGCUGUUGGGCGAAGCAAAAUCUCCGAAAUCCAUGACAAAUCCUAUCGGACUGGUGCUGCGAAUCGCAGAUGCUUUGAAAUUCCCGCAUGAGUUUGUUGAUUGGGAUCCUCACCAGCCCUUCGAAUCGGAUCAAGAUAGUGUGUUUCGUCAACGAAAGCGCAGUUCAAGCUUUGUAGUGAAGCUGAAUUUCUUUGAGGAGGCUUUCUUCGCGCGAAGCCAUAGUAAAAAGGUUGCAAAGCAAAUGGUGGCCUGCGAAGCGCUCAAUUGGCUUGUGGACGUUCUUCCUGCGGUUUGGCGAAGAAUUACGACUCGCUCCAUUGAGCCUCAUGCAGACUUGCAGGUGGAAAGCGCCACCAUUCAAGAUCCGCGCCACUUAGCAAGUGAGAUCUAUUCCGCUGUAAUUCAAAUAUUGAGCGAUAUAUCCCUGAAACACGCUGGAACGGUUUGGAGUAAUUACAUUCAUCCGCCGACCAUGGCCGCUGUCUGUAUGUCUGCUGACCGUAAAAUGACCCCAGUCGCACUGGCUACUGGUUCGUCGAUAAUUUAUCGAAAACACUUGAAUCCGCGAGGCCGAAAUAUCAAAGAUUGCCAAGCCGAAAUUUUAGUGUUGCGAGCUGUCAAGAAAAUUCUGCUGGAUCAGAUUGCAGCGUAUUAUAAAAACGAGGAAACAAUCUUCAGUGGACCUGGCGAAAACGGGCUGCUGGUGUUGAAGCCGGGCAUUGGUUUCCACCUGUUUCUCUCACGAUAUCCCUCGGGAUCGUGUACUCUGCUUGCCAAAAAUGAGCCUGCGGUUACCGACAAAAAACUCCAUUAUAUCGACGGGGAAAUCGUUUCUGGUAAUGUCCACACCGUACCCGAAGACGUUGGUCUGCAUUCGUUUUGGGAUAUAACUGAUGGGCACGAAAAACUGCGCAUCAUGUCAGCUUCGGAUAAACUGAUGAAGAAAUUGGUUGUGGGUAUACAGGGAGCGCUGGCGUCGUGCUUCUGUCGUGCCAUCUUUCUGCAGACGGUGUCCGUAGCAGAGGAUAUGGAUUUGCCCAUUAUGGCUGAGGGACUUUACGGCCGCCUACAGAGCACUUUCCCGAACGAUACUGCAGCGUCUUCCAAAUGUCCUGAAAUCAUUCACUGUCCCCCUGUAAAGGAACGCUUCAGUUUGAAAGACACCAUUCCAUUGAAAGGAUUUGUGUGGCAUACCGAUUCGGAAAGUUCUGGUGGGCGGGAAAUUUUUCUGGAAACCACGAUGGGUCAGCCGGCGGCAGGGACGACAGCAGAGAUAAGCAAAGGUAACGCUGGAGCAUCGUUUAUGAAGGUUGUGGCUCUCAUGAAAGAUAAAGGUGUGACGCCACCAGCUGGAUUCCAAUCGAACGAACAUUCAGUAAUUUAUGGUUUGGCUAAAAGCAGUAGUGAGAGCUACAGGGAGAUUGUUUGUGGAUUUCGUAAAACGGUUCAGGAUGCGGGGUUAGGAGCAUGGAUUCCGCACUGUGACGAGGAGGAAGCGUUUGGGCUCGACCUCCAAGGAGCAAUUUAAUAAGCCAUACUUAUGAGUUAUAUGUACUUAAGAAGCGUUGGAUGGUUUUGUAUUCUGUAAAACUCUAAUGAAGAAGUUUUUUAUCGCCAAUUGUUAUAACACGUUCUUUACCAGUUACCACUAAAAAUUACCGCCAUUUUCUUGUGUUAAACGGGCACGUGCUUGGAAUAGUUGCUAUUGUUAUGUAAUUUUUUAAUCAGUUGUCAUGUUUAAUUUUGAUCAGAAAAUAAUUAUGACUUUG